AUAUCCACAAUGUACAAGAUCCUUCGGGGACUGUCGAUCGCAGUGGCCACAACAGUGAUGGUUUUUUGUUUCGUUGGUGGCCCCACAGCUCCAGGACAGUUACGAAAACUGGGAAAUUUCGGAGACUUAGUUUUCUCCAAUGAAAGCCGCAGUAAAGAGGAGCUACCCCCAUUCAUCAUCAUCGUUUGCUAUGAUACCGAUAACACCCUGACUUCCUCCUUCAAACGGCAGCUGGGUCAAAUUGCAGUUCUCUUGAAGUCGGCUGUGGCUUUGACAUCUACAACCUUAAGAUUCAUUGUGGUAACAAGUUCAGACAAAGUCUUCGAGCAAGUACAGUCCAUCCCGAGUACGUGGCCUGACGAGUACAGUUCUCGACUGGAGUUCGAAAGUCGUCCUGUCUGGUAUCCACCAGACCGAACGGACAUGAAAGGUCUCCUCAGGCCCUGCUCAUCAGCUAGACUCUUCCUGGCAGAGAGUUUGGAAGAUGUUGACGCUGCUGUUCUUGUUGACACAGACAUUGUCUUCCUAAGACCCCCGGAAGAGCUCUUGAGGGAAAUCUACAAAUUCAACGAGACACAAGCAGCAGGGCUCUCUCCAACCCUGAGUCCCUACAUACGUCGAAAAAAACGCAUUCCCUUCCCAAAGCCGAGAGGAGUGAACACUGGAGUUAUGGUCAUGAACCUGACGAGGCUUCGAGCGCUCCCGGGAGGCUGGACCGGAGCGAAUCUGAAGGCGUUCGACGACUACAAGAAGCAAAUCUCAAAAUAUGCGACCAAUGACAUCAUCAAUAUUGCCCUGGCUCAGAACCAUGGAAUAUUCUACCAGCUAGGCUGUGCAUGGAACUACAACACUGGAUCCUGUAUGACUGGCGUCAACGGUUGUUUGCAAGCUGAAAAAGAAGGAGUGUUCCUCCUUCAUGGUACACACGCUUCGUUUCUUAGUAAAAAGUUCUCCAAAUUUCGUGCAGUUUACCGAGCAUGGAAGGCCUACCGCUUCGAAUCACCGCUAUCGAAACUCCUCAAAGAUAUCGAACACAAGAUAAAACGCGACAAGAAAAGCAAGAAUUACUGCAACGAAGUCACAGCCCAGAAGCAGAUGUUGACGAAGUCGCUCAAAUCUCUCCUGGGGUUGUGAAACCAGGUGACUGGUUCCUGGUCCCUACUAGGGUUGCCGUUUUGAGGAAUUUCGUCUACCAGUGUGGCUUUCUGGUGACAUCUGGCAACCUUCCGUGGCUUUUCCGACCACAGGCCAUGGCACUGAGGAAUAAAAUUCUUCACUUUGCCAUUUUAUGUUUUAUUAUGAAAAUAGUUAUAAAACAUA